UAUGCCAUUUUUGCCAUGGAUGCCUUUCCAUUUGGGUGCUGAGAGGAGAGGCAGACAUGCCUAGGUGCCAACCUCCUUCUGGCUGCACACUCCUGCCUGGAGGCUGCUGUGACUCCUGCAUAUUGUGAAGCAGAUCUGGGCUUGGAUUGAUGGGGACAUGGUCCAGGAAGGUUCCUCUGUGUGAAGCCAGUGGAGACUGCAGACUGAUUUCAUUGAUCUUCUUGAAGGAACCAGCAAACACUGAAGAUCAGAAAUGAUGUGUGAAGUAAUGCCAACGAUAAAUGAGGACACCCCUAUGAGCCAAAGGGGGUCCCAAAGCAGUGGCUCAGACUCGGACUCGCAUUUUGAACAGCUGAUGGUUAACAUGCUUGAUGAGCGCGAUCGACUGUUAGACACAUUGCGUGAAACCCAGGAGAGUCUUGGACUUGCCCAGCAACGACUUCAAGAUGUCAUAUACGAUAGAGAUUCCCUGCAGCGCCAGUUGAAUUCUGCACUGCCACAGGGAAACACUAGGGCACUCCAGACUAGUUCUCCAACACAGGAACCAGAAGUGGAACAUAAACAGAGAAAGGAGUUUGCUGCACUGACAAAAGAACUGAAUGCAUGCAGGGAGCAGCUUCUAGAAAAGGAAGAAGAGAUCUCAGAACUCAAAGCAGAAAGGAACAACACAAGACUUUUAUUGGAGCAUCUGGAGUGCCUUGUUUCAAGACACGAGAGGUCGUUGAGGAUGACGGUGGUUAAACGGCAAGCACAGUCCCCCUCAGGUGUUUCCAGUGAAGUGGAAGUUCUAAAAGCUCUUAAGUCUCUUUUUGAGCAUCAUAAAGCCCUAGAUGAAAAGGUGAGGGAACGCCUAAGGGUUUCGUUAGAGAGAGUGUCUGCAUUGGAAGAAGAACUAACAGUUGCCAACCAAGAGAUUGUUGCAUUAAGGGAACAAAAUGCUCAUAUUCAGAGAAAGAUGGUUACUGGGGAAGCGACAGAUCAGGAGCCUAUUGAUGGAAUGGAGCAAGGACAGAAGGUUCACGACAAGAGGUUAUCAAAUGGCUCUAUCGAUUCGAAUGAUGAAGCCAGUCAGAUGGUUGAACUUCAAGAGUUACUGGAGAAGCAGAAUUAUGAAAUGACCCAAAUGAAAGAACGUUUAUCAUCACUGUCGGCUCGAGUCGGAGAGGUUGAACAGGAAGCAGAAACUGCACGAAAAGAUCUUGUAAAAACAGAAGAAAUGAAUACAAAACAUCAGAGAGACAUCAGGGAGGCUAUGGCUCAGAAAGAAGAUAUGGAAGAGCGAAUCACAACUCUUGAGAAGCGAUAUCUCAGUGCACAGAGAGAAGCAACAUCCAUCCAUGAUAUGAAUGACAAGCUGGAAAAUGAGCUGGCGAACAAAGAAGCUAUUUUACGUCAGAUGGAAGAGAAAAACAGACAACUGCAAGAACGUUUGGAACUAGCUGAACAGAAACUCCAGCAAACUAUGAGAAAAGCAGAAACAUUACCAGAAGUAGAAGCAGAGCUGGCCCAGAGAAUAGCAGCCCUUACUAAGUCUGAUCCAACUUCUUCUACCUCAUCUGAUGAUUAUCAAUAUGUUAUGGAAGCUAAGCUACAAGAAAUGAUCUCCAUACGUAGGAAGGCAGAAGAAAGGCAUGGGAAUAUUGAAGAAAGAAUGAGGCAUCUGGAAACACAGCUUGAAGAAAAAAAUCAAGAACUUCAGAGGGCUCGCCAAAGAGAGAAAAUGAAUGAAGAACACAACAAAAGACUUUCUGAUACAGUGGAUAGGCUUCUAACAGAAUCCAAUGAACGAUUGCAGUUGCACUUGAAGGAACGAAUGGCUGCACUUGAAGACAAAAAUAUUUUACUUCAAGACUCAGAAACUUACAGAAAACAAUUAGAAGAAUGUUUACAUGAUAAGGAUAGAUUAGCAGAGGAUAUUGAAAAACUUAGAGCAGAACUUGACCAGAUGAAGUUGCGGACCGGGUCCUUGAUAGAACCAACAUUAACAAGGCCUCACUUAGACACAUCAGCAGAUUUAAGGUAUUCUGUAAAUUCACUGGUCGAUUCACAGCCGGAUUACCGCUCCACUAAAGUUAUUAGGAGACCGCGUCGAGGAAGAAUGGGAAUCAGACGUGAAGAGCCAAAGGUAAAGUCGCUCGGGGAACAUGAAUGGAAUAGAACUCAGCAAAUGGGAGUCCUCAGCAGUCAUCCUUUCGAAAGUGAUACAGAAAUGUCUGACAUUGAUGACGAUGACCGUGAAACAAUUUUCAGUUCCAUGAACCUUUUGUCACCAGGUGGACAUUCUGAUGCGCAGACUUUGGCCAUGAUGCUUCAAGAGCAGCUAGACGCUAUCAAUAAAGAAAUAAGGCUCAUUCAGGAGGAAAAGGAAUCUACGGAACUGAGGGCAGAGGAGAUAGAGAACAGAGUAGCCAGCGUUAGUUUGGAAGGUCUUAAUUUGGCUAGAAUGCACCCAGGUACUUCUAUUACUGGCUCAGUGACUGCCUCAUCCCUAGCCAGCUCAUCGCCUCCGAGUGGACAUUCCACACCCAAGCUCACACCACGCAGCCCUGCAAGGGAGAUGGAUCGUAUGGGAGUUAUGACACUACCUAGUGAUUUGAGGAAGCAUCGAAGAAAGAUUGCAGUUGUAGAGGAUGAUGGCCGUGAAGAUAAAGCUACGAUAAAAUGUGAAACUUCCCCUCCUUCAACGCCGCGUGCUCUCAGGAUGACUCAUACUCUACCAUCUUCAUAUCACAAUGAUGCCAGAGGAAGUUUGUCUGCAACACUUGAGCCUGAUGUCCUCGGUCUAGUGAGUGCCAACAGCAGUCAAGACUCUCUCCACAAAGCUCCAAAGAAGAAAGGAAUUAAAUCUUCUAUAGGGAGAUUGUUUGGUAAAAAAGAGAAGGCAAGACUUGGGCAACUCAGUAAGGAAUAUGGUCUCCAAGGAGGAUUCAUAGAUUCAGACCCUUCAGCACAGGAUUCUCUUGGGUUGAGCAAACUUGGAACUCAAGCAGAAAAAGACAGGAGACUUAAGAAAAAACAUGAACUUUUAGAAGAGGCCAGAAGAAAAGGGCUACCUUUUGCUCAGUGGGAUGGACCAACUGUGGUAUCCUGGCUUGAGUUAUGGCUAGGAAUGCCAGCCUGGUAUGUUGCAGCUUGUCGUGCCAAUGUUAAGAGCGGUGCCAUUAUGUCUGCAUUGUCAGACACUGAAAUUCAGAGAGAGAUUGGGAUCAGUAAUCCCUUGCAUCGUCUGAAACUCCGCCUUGCUAUUCAAGAGAUGGUCUCACUUACAAGUCCAUCAGCCCCUCCAACAUCAAGAACCCCAUCUGGUAAUGUAUGGGUUACUCAUGAGGAAAUGGAGAAUCUUACAGCUCCUGCCAAAACGAAAGAGUCAGAAGAAGGAAGUUGGGCACAGACCCUUGCUUAUGGUGAUAUGAAUCAUGAAUGGAUCGGGAAUGAAUGGCUGCCUAGUUUGGGAUUACCUCAGUACCGAAGUUAUUUCAUGGAAUGUCUGGUAGAUGCUAGGAUGUUGGACCAUCUUACAAAGAAAGACCUUCGAGUGCACUUAAAAAUGGUGGAUAGCUUUCAUAGAACAAGUUUGCAGUAUGGAAUUAUGUGCUUAAAGAAGUUAAAUUAUGACAGAAAAGAACUGGAACGAAGAAGAGAAGUAAGCCAGCAUGAGAUAAAAGAUGUGUUGGUGUGGAGCAAUGAUCGUGUGAUCCGCUGGAUCCAAACAAUAGGUCUUCGAGAUUAUGCAAACAAUAUAUUAGAAAGUGGAGUCCACGGUUCUCUUAUUGCUUUGGAUGAGAACUUUGAUUACACAAGUUUAGCACUAUUACUACAAAUUCCAAACCAAAAUACUCAGGCAAGACAAAUUUUGGAAAGAGAAUAUAAUAAUUUAUUGGCACUUGGAACUGAAAGAAGACUUGAUGAGAGCGAUGACAAAAACUUCAGACGUGGGCCCUCCUGGAGGAGGCAGUUUCCACCACGAGAGGUCCAUGGAAUCAGCAUGAUGCCAGGUUCUUCAGAAACACUGCCAGCAGGAUUUAGAUUAACAACAACAUCCGGGCACUCACGGAAAAUGACAACAGAUGCUGCAGCUCCCUCUUCAGCAAUGCAGAGAUUGGACAGCUCUACAGUCCGGACAUACUCAUGUUGACAAAUCUAAAAAGAACAAUGCACUGAGUCGCAGUGUCACCUUUAAACUAUCUACCUGAAGUGCACUAUCUAAGAGAACUGCAGCAAGAGAACAACUGGCGGGUGCCCAGCCGGCAGAAUGAGCACUGAUUUACAAUACUAAAAUGUGAAGAUAUUUUUAUGUACCGCAUUAUCAUAUGCUUAGUUAAAGACAGAGAACAAACUAUAAUUGUACGAAGGUUUCCAUGAUCCUUAGAGGUUUCAGUGUGCACAACUUACUGAGAUGGAACCAAUUGUUUUUAUGUUCUGUUACAGCUGUUUUCCUUGUAAAAUACUAGAAAUAUUUAAGUAUUUAAUGUGUAUUUAUUUUAUGAAGUGUAAGUCUUUAUUUUCUCAAGUGUAAAUGGUUAUAAAUAUGAUUUUUUAAAUAAAAGUUAAAGUUCAAUAAGUCUAUGUGGGAAGACCUGGAAAAAAAAGUCACUAAUGUUUGUACCUUUCCAUUUCACUGUUUUUACAGUUUUUGGAUU